GGAGCAUACAUUGAGGAGCCGCAUACGCUAUUAUCUCGCGAUGCUUUAAUACAUUACGGCCAUCUUCGCUAAGGUGAUUGAAGAAUCACCCCUUCAUUUCUGCUCUUUAGGAUGGCUGAUGCUCCUCCAAUCCAAAACACUUCCCAUCUAGCCAUUCACUCGAAAGAGCACAGAGACUCCAUCUUGAACAAAUUUGACAAGCUCAGGAAAAAGGACCUUCUGUGUGACAUCACACUGAUUGUGGAAGAUGUCCAGUUCAAGGCCCAUAAGGCCCUUCUUGCGGCCAGCAGUGAGUACUUCUCAUUGAUGUUCACUGCAGAGGGGCCCGUGGGACAGUCAGUGUACAGGCUGGAUGGCAUGGCGGCCCGCACCUUUGGAGCUGUGCUGGAGUUCAUCUACAGUGCGAGUGUAUUGGUGGAGGAAGGAGAUGGGGGGCCUCUCCUGGACAUGGCACGAUUCCUGGAGGUCAGUGAGCUGCUGAAGGCUUACUCAGACUGCCAGGGAGGGGAUGGGGGUGUCUCCACCAAACCCAAGCGCAAAAGGGGACGGCCCAGGAAGAAUGUGACGGCCUGUGGGGCGGUGGGAACUUCAGAACCUGUCCCGGGAGAAGAGCUGGAGGCCAAUGCAGCAUCGGAACUGGUACAGGGUGAGGGUUCUUGGGAGCCCCUGGUGGAGACGAUGGAGGACCCUGUGGAUUCGGACACCCAUGCUGCCCCCUCUGGUGACACGGACUAUGACCCCUGGGCCAGGCGCAGCCGCCACAGCAAACGCAAAAUCAAACCACCGAUGAAGCUGAAGGGCUACCGGGUUGGAGAUGAUGUAUCAGAGCCAGGCGAGCCAGAGCGGAGGAAAAGGGGCAGGAAGAGGAAGUACCCUAACACUGAGGCGCGAUGCGAGGAUUGCGGGAAGAUCUUCAAGAACCACCUCUUCCUAAAAAUACACCAAAGGACUCACACAGGUGAAAAGCCCUUCAGGUGUUUUGUUUGUGGGAAGGGCUUCACUCAGAAGCAUACCCUGCUGGUCCACCAGCGCAUGCACACUGGUGAGAAGCCUUUCACCUGCACAGUGUGCUCCAAGGCCCUGUCCACCAAACACUCCCUGCUGGAACACAUGAACCUGCACACAGACCAGAAAUCUUUCAGCUGUGAUCAAUGUGGAAAGACAUACAGCCAGAAGAGACAGCUGAAGAGCCAUUAUAGAGUGCACACAGGCAAACCUUUUCCAGAGUGUGCACAAUGUCACCGUAAGUUUAUGGAUGCGGCACAGCUGAAGAAACAUCUUAGAACGCACACAGGCGAGAAACCUUUUACCUGUGAGAUCUGUGGGAAGUGCUUCACCGCCAAGAGUACCCUGCAGACACACAUCAGGAUUCACAGGGGGGAGAAGCCAUACGUGUGCAGUGUAUGCAGUAAGUCCUUCUCCGACCCCAGUGCCCGAAGGCGCCACGUGGCCUCUCAUACGGGCAAGAAGCCCUUUACCUGCUCACUCUGCAACCUGUCCUUUGCUCGCCUGGACAACCUUAAAGCCCACGCCAAGACCCACAACAAGGAGAGGUCCGCUGGGGCCAUGGGUGAGGUUGCCAUGGCGGCCACCGGGCCUAGGGAGGAAGUGCGAAGUGUCCUGCAGUUGCAACAGUAUCACCUCCCCACCACCAUGGGACAGGAGAUCCAGCUGGUGGUCACAGGCGAGGUGGAGAACAUCAAUUUCCCAGGGCAGGAGCAGGGCAUCAGCAUCCUCAGCGGGCCAGAGGAGGCAGUGGGUGGCGGUGGCAGUGGUGGUGAGGGGGCGGGUCAAAGCCUUACCCUCCUCACUCAGCCCUCACAGCAUGUGCAAAACCUGGCCCUGGUCUCCCAGGGCGAUCAGACCCUGGGUGUGCUGGAGGGUGGGGCCGAGCAGAUGCACGUCAUCACCCUGACUAAGGAGUCUAUGGAGCACCUGCAGGUCCACCACGCACAGCCCUCAGCUCCUGCCCAGCACCUCCAUUUGUUGCAGCACCCACCCCUCCCUCAUCUGCCCGUCACACCGGCAAUGCCCUCCCAGCAGCAGGGCCAGGCCAUUCACAUCAGCGGCCAGACGGCACAGCCAAUCUCCAUCAGCCAGACCACCCAGCAGAUCCCCAGCCACCACAUCCAGGGUCAGACGUACCAGAUUCAGGCUGGAACCGUUUCCUACCUCUACACCAGCCUGGCCCCACAGACCUGAUGAGGCUACAGCUUCAGCGUGGUUAUGUUGCGAGCAGACCUGGGUCAAAUAUGCAUUGGAACUACUUUCUUUCUCUUUCUGUGCCAUUAAAAUUGAAAACCUUUAUGAAGAUCCCUAAGAAUUUUCAAAUAAAUAUGUUACUUUUUCAAAUAAAUAUGUUACUAACCAAAACGUGCAAUUGUGAAAUACCAGUUUUGUUCUGAAUACUGGUGAAAACAGAUGUUGCUUUUCAAAUUCUCGGUAAUCGGUAGGAAUCAUCAUACGACACCAUGUUAUUGAUGAAGGAAGCAUGCUGAAAUGUAUAAAUCUUUGAGCCUGGUCAUAAUGUAAAAUAUUGAGUGCAGAUCUUUGUUAUGUAGUUCCUUAAUUUUUUAGAUCUUUGCACCCGAUUUUAACUAAAAGGGCUGAUAUAUAUGUGUAUGAUGCAUACCUGUGUAAAAUUUAAAACUUUGUUAUUUUACCGAAGGUGGGGGCUAUGGUGUCAAUUGUCUAUUUUGUUGAACAGUGCUUCUUUCUGGCUUUUCUUUUACAUUUUUCUUUUCUGGUUUUGUAUGAAAUUCGUUGUAAAGUUAAGAUUGUGGUAUGUUUUGUGGAACGGUAUAAAUAAUUUAAGCAAACAUAAAUAAAUAAGAUUUUGGGGGUUUUGAGGAAACAUACAGUUUAAAACUUACAGUAUAGAAUACACACACACACAAAAUGGCUAGCAAAUGUAAGGGCAAGUUGUUUUUGUUGUUUUUUUCUUUGGCUAAAGGUGCAAUUGCUUGGUGUAAAUUUGUCUCAUAAGAGAUUUCUUCCCAAUCUGAAAGGAGUACAUAAUGUGAUGUCACUUCUUUUAUGCCAGCCAAAAGCAAGACCUUACUGUGGUGUGUCAUUACACAGACUGUAGAAUGAAACAACAGUAAAAGCAGGAGUGAAUGCAAGGGAGCUCAUUUACCCCUAACAGUUUGAAAGAAUUAGCAACAUGUCCUUACCCAGUCCCUGGGAAUUUAUGGUAGCUCAAGAGUAAGGGUUUGGUUUUUAAAUAAACAUAACGUAGGCAUGACAAUACUUAAUUGUCAACUAAACAAAGGUAUGAAAUACAGAGAAAAGCUCAUUUCAGUUGGAAAAAAUACAUACUGGCGGAUAAUGACUGCUGCUGUUAAUUCUAUCAAACUAUUUGGACAGUGACACAUUGUCUGCUGUUUUCAUUUGUACUCUAGCACAUUGGAUGUGAAAUGAUGUGCUGACUGUAAGCUUUAAUUUGAGGGUAUUUGCAUCCAUAUUUGGUGAUCCAUUUAGAAUCAUAGCCAUUUUUAUACAUGGGCCCCCAUUUCAGCAGGCAAAAGUAAUUGGACAAAUUAACAAUCUAAAAUAAAGUGAUCAUAUUUAGUAUUUGUUACAAUUCCUUUGCAUUUGAUGACUGCCUGAAUUCUGUGACUCAUUUUUAUACAUGGUCCCCCAUUUCAGCUGGCAAAUAUAAUUGGACAAAUGUACAAUCUAAAAUAAAGUGAUCAUAUUUAGUACUUUGCUACAAUUCCUUUGCAUUUGAUGACUGCCUGCAUUCUGUGACCAUAAGCAUCAUCAGAUGCUGGGCAUCAUCCCUGGUGAUGCUCUGCCAGGCCUGUACUACAGCUGUCUUCAGUUCCUGUUUUUUUCUGGGGCGUUUUGCCUUCAGUUUUGUCUUCAGCAAGUGAAACACAUGCUCAUUUGGAUUUACGAUUUUAUGUUAUUGACUUGGCCAGUGAAGAACAUCCCCCUUUUUGGCCCUGAAAAACUCCUUAGUUGCUUUAGCAUUGUGUUUGGGGUCAUUGUCCUGCUGCAUGGUGAAACACCAUCCAAUGACAUUUGUUUGAGGCAUUUGUUUGGAUCUGAGCAGAUAUUUCUGUAUGCUUAUCAUCAGUGAAGACAAGUGAGCCAGUUCCAGUGGCAGCCAUAUGUGCCCAAGCCAUAACACUACCUCCAACAUGUUUCACAGAUGAGGAGGGGGAGGGUGCUGUGGAUCACGAGUAGUUCUCAGUUCUUUCUUUUCCUUUUUUAUUAUGUUGGUACUGGUUAAUGCUCAUCUGUCCAUAAGACUUUGUUCCAGAACUCUACAGUAUGAAAUGUUCUAUUCAGCACUGUAACCUGGCCAUUAUGUUCUUGAGGCUUACCUGUGGUUUGCAUCUUGCAGUGAACCCUCAGGUUAUGCUGGUGUAGUCUUCUCUUUAUUGUAGUCUUUGACACAUCUAUGCCUACAUCACCGAGUGUGUUCUUGAUCUGUUCCGACAGUUGAAAAAAGGUUUGUGGUGUGGGGAUGGCUGGUUUAAGCAGCCACACCUGCCCUGGGUCAAGCUAAUUAGACCUGGCUGUGGACUGUUUGAACAUCAUCUCCCUGUGCCGGAGCAGCCCCACGUUGGGCACCACUGUGGCAAACAAGCCUGCCACGGGCCACCGAAGUGGCUUUCCAAGGGUCCGUCCAGCACAGAAACACAGGGGGAUGAUGUUCAAACAGUCCACGAGGGUGGCAAGAUGUUACAGCCAACUGAGCAGAUGUAAAAAAAAAAAAACUGUCAGAGGCUCCCCUUUGUGUGGGUGGGGAUGGCAGAUUUAACCUGUGCGCACUGAUUGCCUCACUACGCACAGGUGAAGCCACCCCUGUUCCCGGGUCCAAUUAGCCUGGCCAAUUAUCUAAUUUCUAACCAAUUAUCUAAUUAGCCAGGUCUAAUUAGCUUGACCCAGGGCAGGUGUGGCUGCUUAAACCAGCCAUCCCCACACCACAAGGUUUUUCUUCAAAAUUGGAAGUAUUCUUCAGUUAUCCACUACAGUAUUCUGUGGUCUAUGUGGUUGUUUGCUAUUGUUGAGGUCACCAGUGCAUUGUUUCUUGCUAAUAAUGUAUCGGUUUAUUUUGACACACCCAGUGUUUUGGCUAGGUCUUUGAUUGAUGAGGGCCUGCUUUACUGGUAUUGACAUUGAACAGACUCCACACCUGGAAUCAACUCAAGACUUUUUGUUUGUUUUGUUAUGCAUGCUCUAAUGAUGCAAAGACACAUAGCUGGUCAAGAAACAGCUCAGCAGCCAAUUUUCCAAUUACUUUUGCUCUCCUAAAAUGGGGAAACUACAUAAAAAGAGCUGUAAUUCCUACAAGGAUCACCUGAUAAGGAUGGUAAUACCUUCAAAUUAAAACUGACAGUUUCCACCUUUCAAAUUCACUGUGCUGGAGCACAGAGUUGAAACAACAAAAAUUGGGUCAUUGUCCCAAUACUUUUGCAUUUGAUUGUAUAGUGCCCUCCACAGUGAAAUUCGUUAUUUUUUUAUAUAUACUUAAGGCAUUUGGAUUAUAUAUAUAUAUAUAUAUAUAUAUAUAUAUAGCAUGAAUGAAGCAAACAGUAAAAUUACGUUGAUCUACAAUUAAUGUAUAGCCACAAAAUAAAGUUAUUUGGCUCAAUA